AUGGGAACAUGUCUGUUAACUUCACCAACUGGGGUGCCACCAUUAUGUCACUUGUUGUCCCAGACAGACAUGGUCGGUUCCUUUCGUCUGGUUUGGUUUUGGGUUUUCUUGUCUGGGUUGGAUUUUUCUUUCAUUUUCUUUCUUCCUGCAAAUUUUCCAGGGAAACGAGGUGAUAUUGUUCUUGGAUAUGAUACUGUCAAGGAUUAUAAGAACGCUACGACAUACUUCGGAUCCAUAGUCGGACGGGUCGCGAAUCGGAUCGGAGGUGCAAGUUUUUCUUUGGGUGGAGCUCAAUAUAAACUGCCCAAAAAUGAUGGGAACAGCACACUUCAUGGUGGUCCUAAGGGAUUCUCUGAUGUUAUCUGGAAAGUGAGGAAGAUCAAGAAUGAUUCUGAUGAACCCUUCAUUAUCUUCGGUUAUGAUAGCAAAGAUGGCGAAAAUGGAUUUCCGGGUGAAAUUAGAGUCACCGUCGAGUACCGUCUCCGAUCGGAUAACCGAUUGAGAGUGAUGAUGAAAGCCAGGGCAUUAAAACAGGCCACCCCUGUGAAUCUAGCACAGCAUACCUAUUGGAACCUCGGUAACCAUGACAGUGGUGACAUCCUGUCCGAACAAGUCCAGAUUUUCGCCUCCCAUUUCACGCCCGUCGACGAAAACCUUAUCCCGACGGGCAUUAUUUCGACGGUACGAGGAACUCCGUACGAUUUCCUCAGACCAGAGACGAUCGGAAGCCGGAUCGAGGAGCUCCGGAAAGGGUACGACGUAAACUACGUCAUCGACGGACCGAACGAUCCCCGGAAGCUGAAGAAAACGGCAAUGGUGAAGGAUAGGAAAACCGGGAGGAUCAUGAAACUGUAUACGAAUCAACCUGCUGUGCAAUUCUAUACGGGGAACAAGCUGAAGAAAGAGAAGGGAAAAAGAGGAUUUCUUUAUAAAACUCAUGCGGGGCUGUGCCUUGAGACUCAAGGCUUCCCUGAUGCAGUGAAUCGCCAGAAUUUCCCUUCACAAAUUAUUUCACCAGGGAAGCCUUACAAGCACAAAAUGCUCUUCAAGUUCUUAACCGCAAAGGAGAAAAAAUCUAAUAAGUCGUAA